CUGCUUUCACUAGAUAUCUGAUUUUUACUAUGCAUGGUGGAUAGAAUGAACGGAUUAGCAAUUUUUUAUUAAGAUGAGCAAUAAAGAUACUGUCAUGAUCUGGGGGCAAUAAGGGAGAGAUUCAGCAAGCAGUGUUGUCGGGACUGGAAAUUUGAUUAAACUAAAGUUCUCCUUGCGAAGAUCAGUGCAUCAGUUGAGCUUUAGUCAGCCACAUCAUCCUGUAAAUUGCUCUCCAGAUAAGGCAGCACAUAAAUUCCCUUGGCAAAGACACAUCACCUCAGAGCAGCUGCUACAGACCCGGCCAUGGCCUUCAACGGCACUUGGAAAAUAGACAGAAGUGAAAACUAUGAGAAGUUCAUGGAGGCGCUGGGUGUUAACUUGAUGAAGAGAAAGCUGGGGGCUCAUGACAAUCUGAAGAUCACUAUCGAGCAAGAUGGGAACAAAUUUACUGUCAAAGAAGCCAGUAACUUCCGUACCAUAGAGCUGGAAUUCACCCUGGGAGCCAAUUUUGACUACAGCCUGGCUGAUGGCACCGAAAUGAUCGGAAAUUGGAACCUGGAAGGAAAUAAACUUGUGGGCACAUUUACCAGAAAAGACAAUGGAAAAGUACUCAAAGCAUACAGAGAAAUUGUAGGUGAUGAACUUGUUCAGACCUAUAUAUAUGAAGGAGUUGAAUCCAAGAGAAUCUUCAAAAGGGGCUGAGCACUUCACCCAGAACAGCACCAGAAUGAAGGAGCAAUGAAAGAAGACCAUUUUCUACACAUCCUCUGCUGGGUUUUUUUCUAUUUUAUCCCCUCACAGCACCUCCUAAGCUGCAAUUACCUAGCCCUGAUGAAAAUGCAGGCUAGUUCCUUAUGUUACUGUUUUGCCUUGAAUAAAAAAAAAAAUAAUCCAAUUACCAUAUGCUAAAAUGUCUUUCCCAAGUCCUAUCUGAGUGCCAUAAGAUAAAGGGCUGCAGAAACUAUUUUGCAUAAGCAAAACUUAAAUAUCUUUGCACAGGUUAUCAAAUGGCAAGUUAGUUUCCUUACUAACCUUCCUCAGUAUUUAUACUGAGAAACGGUUUCUCUGUGUAUUGGAUGUUGUGUAAUAAGGAUGGCAAAACCUAAAAUAAACCUGACAACACCCAA